AUGGCGUACGGCAAUCCACCUGGUCAUCCUGGAAGCCCGCCCGACCACAACCGACGUGGUUACAGCCCGUCUAACGACAACCGACGACGUGGACACGAACAUCACCGGCGAGAUCAUUCCGCGCAGUCGGAUGAAUACCGCAUUGACAGCUCCCCACGUCGGCGCGGUCGUACGCCCACACAGCAUAGUGCACAUAGUGAUGAGGACCCGAGUGGGCCAAUAGAAAAAACCGUGGAAGAAUUGGAGGCCCUAAUGGCACGAGCCAAAGCGGAGAUGGAGGCCGCGAACGAUGAGUUACAGCGUUGCCAACGGAUCAGGGCAAAGGCAGAUGCGAAGCGGUCGGCCAAUUUCAAGGCAGAGAAUCCUUCUUCUCCGACACUGUCUAGUGUUACGACCGAAAAAGACGACACUCCCAAGGUCGGACAGGGAAAGAACCCUAAAUACCCGAGCCUACCCCAUGCUCCGAAGCCUGAGAUGACUAGGUAUGCUCCGCUCGUCGUCAAUACACCUCUCGGGCGGGCUGCCGCAUCGACCAAUUCACAGGGAAGUUCCAACGCCCCUCUGACGAAGAGGCAACGUUUCGCCGUGAUGAGAAACUCGUUGCAGCGUCUUCUCGAGAUGGAAUUCGAUCCCACCGCUGCGCGCUAUCAUCCACUCGGAUUUGGUGGUGGCUGGGGUGAGGAUUGUGUUUACCCCUGGAAGUAUGGAGCCGGGAAGAAUGACCAACUCGGCCUUUGCAAACCGAUGUACCUUCAUGAGGGAAAUUUCCUCCAGGAGCACCUAGCGGACUGGUUCCAAGCUUGGGCGUACCUAGAAUUCCCUGAAUUCGACGAUCCCAUGCCCAAGAAGCUAGGUCGUCGCACCCAACCUGGUCCUUCACACCAGCGCACUCCCGCACCAAGACAGCCUUCGUGCCGAUCAAGCAAACUUGCCGAAGUGGAAAUUUUCGCCUCAUGCAAGUUCUAG